CGACUCCGAAUCGUCGUGUGUAUGAACUCCGAACCGAACCCAAUCCCGAUCCACUGAAAAGUGUACAGCCAAAGCCACAGCGCAGCUCUCCUUCUACUAUAUUCUCCACUUUCCUCCUUUCUAUACCGGCAUCCCAGCUACAGUAUACGGCCACUGCCACUCUAUACGAGCUUCAUUCUCGUGCAAACCGGUGUGUGAGGUGCGAUUAGUGCGUUCAUUUUCACUGCGGUUGUUUCGAUUUUUUCGUGUACUCGUAUUUCGUGCUGUUAUCAUUUUCAUACCUUACCAACUGUUUAAAUGAAUCCUUUGAUAAAUUCGUAUAAUUCGAGUUCGAUUAUUUUUCAUCGAAAUAUUAUGUCGUCGAGAAAGUUCAACUAGCAGUUUACGUUCUACUUUGUGUACCUAGUGUCCGUCAUGUGAUAAGUUUUUUAAAUAAUAAUUUCCAUCCGGAGUUGAAGUUUAGUUGUACAUUUGCAGAGUAUUCCAAAUCCCAAUGAAGAUGGGUUUGUUACCAAAUCGUCAAUCGUACACCUCAUCGUAAAGGUGAUCAGCACAUUUACCAACGUUCAGUGUUCAUCUACCGGCCAAAAUGGUUCUCUACUGUCGUGUGCUGCUGCUAAUCUCCAUUCAUCUGUCGACAGUACUAAUAAAAAGUUCACUAGCUGAUGUUGAUCUGAGGGCAGUCUCAAACGAAGAUUUAAUGAGUUCUGCAGUUAUCUUUUCGGACAUCGGAGUUGCGUACUUUUCUCAGUUGCUGUUCGACGUGACACGUGAACAACUGGUCGUUGGCGCCAGGGAUAAUAUUUAUCGUUUGAAGAUGGAGAAUCUGCAGACGGUUCAAAAGAGCUCGUGGACAGCAGCAGCCGAUAAGAUUACGGUUUGUUUGGAUAAAGGCCAAUCUGAAGAGGACUGCAGAAAUUACGUCAAGGUUUUGUUAUCCAAUGGGUCGAGAUUAUUUGCUUGCGGUACCAAUGCUUUCUCGCCGUCGUGUUCGUGGAGAGAGCUUCAAAAUACGGACAAAGUGACUUCCUGGCUGGAUGGCAGAGCCAAAUGUCCUUACAAUCCGUACGCCAACAUCACCUCCCUGAUGACCGAACGAGGAGUAUAUUUUGCCGGAACUCCGGUCGAUUUUACCGGUACUGAUAACGCGAUAACUAAAGAUUUCUCAGGAUUCGUACGCACCGAUCAAUUCGAUUCCAAGUGGCUGAACGAUCCUCAAUUCGUCGGAUCAUUCGAGACAGAUGCUUAUGUAUUUUUUUUCUUCAGAGAAAGCGCUGUCGAGUACAUGAAUUGUGGAAAGAAAAUAUACUCCAGGGUAGCUCGAGUGUGCAAGGAAGAUAACGGGUCACGAAUGUUGUGGACGACGUUUUUAAAAGCUCGACUCAAUUGUUCAUUGCCGGGUGAAUAUCCGUUUUAUUAUGACGAAAUCCAAGGAAUUACGUAUCUACCGGAUGAUGGAAUUGUAUAUGCGACAUUCAAUACACCAAGAAACGCUAUCGCAGGAUCGGCAAUCUGCGCUUUUAAUUCGUCAGCCAUCGCAGCAGCUUUCGACGGUCCAUAUAAGCAUCGAGAGACCAUCAGUUCGGCUUGGGAGAGACGUUACACGUCGUAUCCGAAACAAUGUCGGAGCAGCGAUCCUCGAGUUUUAAUGGAAUCGUUCAAGUAUCAAUUAAUGGAUUACGCCGUUCAACCAGUUCAGCAAGUUCCUUUAUAUCACAGUAUACUCGAGACAAUUGUGCAUAUCGCCGUUGACGCGAUACCUACGAAAUUACACAGAGAGAUCCACAUUUUAUACGUAUCGACUGAAGAUAACCGUGUAAAGAAAAUAUCCGUAUUGCCUCGUACCAUGGAGACGUGCAUUUUGGAGAUAUGGAAACCCCUGUCGAAUCCUACCGAUAAAAUAUUAUCGAUGCAUUUCCUAAGACAGACGGAAUCCCUGUAUAUUGGCACCAAGCAACAAGUAAUCCGAAUACCAGCCCAACACUGCAAACGUCAUAAAAGUAAACCAGCCUGUAUCGAUUCGAUGGAUCCGUAUUGCGGAUGGAACGAAUUAAAAGAUAGAUGCUCGCCUCCUCCUGAUAAAAAUGUAGCCACCAUGUAUUGGCAUCAGAACAUCCACCAAUGUCCUACUUUCGAUCACCCAGUUCCAGGAGGUUGGUCUGAAUGGUCAUCAUGGGCACCUUGCAAUCAGGCUGGUACCAGUAACGAAGGUGCUGAUCAAUGCAUGUGCGCCAGUAGACAAUGCGAUAAUCCUCCACCUAAAAAUGGCGGUCCGUAUUGCGAAGGUGUUAACAUCCAGGUUGCCAAUUGCACCGUGCAUGGUGAAUGGACCAACUGGUCGGAAUGGUCAGCUUGCACGCAAACCUGCGGAACUGCUAUAAAAACCAGAAAACGAACUUGCAGCAAUCCGGCUCCAGCUCAUGGAGGUCGCGUCUGUGUCGGUGCGGAUACCCAAGACAUCUAUUGCAUUGGAAAUCCACCUUGUCCAGAACCAAGAUCACCCGAUCUAGACGGACGUUGGAGCAGUUGGGGCGAUUGGAGCGAUUGUUCAGCCAAGUGCGACGGAGGAUACAGGUUCCGGACGAGGAAGUGCGAGAAUCCUCCGCCAAGACCAGGAGGUCUCGAUUGCCAAGGCAGUGAUAUUGAGUACCAAGUAUGUAACGAUAUCCUAUGUCCAGACGUCAAACGGUUAUCCAGCUGGACUCCUUGGUACGCCAUGCAAAAUGGUACCGAGAAAAGGUUCAGGUACUCGUGCAGAGCAGCUACCGGUGAUCCUCAGUCGAUAAAAAUCGCAUUGGCUAAAGAAGAAGAACGUAUUUGCCAGGCUGAUGGGUUAUGUUUUCGAGCAGGACGUUCAGAUGCGGAUGACUCUUGGUCUGAAUGGUCACCUUGGUCUAGUUGUUCAGCAGCAUGUGAUACUGGUACUCAGUUUAGGACUAGGAAUUGCGAAUUGAGAAACGAAGACUGCAGUGGACCGUCUAGACAGAAUAGACAAUGUAAUACAAAUCCUUGUAGAGGAGAAUGGACCUGUUGGACGGACUGGUCGAGCUGUUCAGUGACCUGUGGUACUGGUAUAAGGCAACGAACUCGAGUAUGCCUAUCUACUGGAAAUCGAUCGCGAGAAAGUGACAAUUGCGAUGGAUCAUCCAUCAGUCAAGAACGUUGUGAAAUGUCUCCUUGUCCAACGUUUGGAUGGUCCCAAUGGUCACCAUGGUCUGAAUGUGAUGAUCAAAAUCAACAGUUUCGAACACGAAAAUGUACCGUAGCAAAUCCUACCGGAAACACGUGUCUUGGUUCGGAAAAAGAAACGAAGUCUUGCGACGAUAUGUCAAAUGACAUCAGCAACGCUCUAGGAGUGCAAAGUGGCCAGUACAGCAGCGAAGCUCCAUCCACUUUAGCCAUGAUAACCUUCUGCUUCUUAGCCUUCCUGGCUGGUUUGGGUAUUUCCAGCGGCUUCUGUUACUAUUGGAUGAAAACCCAUCAGCGUACGUUACCCAGUAGUCCGCACUAUAUCUCCAAACAAAACCCCUACGUUACUGUUCCUCUCAGAGAAACCCAUACGCCUAAAAGAACGCCAUCGUUUUCCAAAAACACACUGACUUCGAACGGUACCACUAAAUCACUUUCGAAGACUUCAACGGCCGGUUUGACUGAUUACGAAACCGCCACCAUUAAACGUAAUAGCCAUAGUUUAUUAAAUGGACACGCUCGGACAUCCGCUUUAGAACAAGAGAGAUUUUUCUGAGUUUGAAUUUUAUUAAAGACAUUUUUAAAUUAAAAUAAAAAGCUGUGAAAUGACAAAAUACUUAUAAAUUACGUUUACUUACAUAAAUUAUGCGUUGCUGUGUUCAUUAUGAUAAGUUGCUUUCGAGACUUUUCGUUUUUUAUGUUUUUUUUUUACUUACCAAUGUACGAGUAUUUUUUUACUAUAUUUUUUAAUAAUGACGCGCCAUUCAUCCCAAUUGUUAGGCUUGAUUCACUAUUGGCUUUGCCGGUUUCGUUAUUUGUUAAUUUUUUUUAAGUUUUUUUUUUUUUUUUUUUUUGGAUCGUGAAUUUUUAUUUUAUUUCGUGUAUAUUUUUUAUUGUUGCGUUUUGUAAAUUUAUUUCGGCUGUGAUAAAAAUAUUAACUUUCAUUUCGAUACUACGUGUUUGUAUUUUAUUUAAAUUUGAUAGUUAUAUUCUGUAAAUAGAAAUAACCGCGCACUAAUCGCAUAAUACGCUUAUUUUCGAGCAGUAGAUACAUAGUAGAUCAAUAAUUCGUUUUUUUCUGAUUUUAAUCAAGCUUUUUUUAGCUUAAAAUAUGAACAUUUCUUUUCACUUUUUUUUAGCACAUUUUUUAAUCAAUGCGAGAUAGUCCAUUUCAUAUUGUAAAUUUUUGAGAGAGAAAAAAAAAUGCUAGUCCAAACAAAACAGUAAAUUUUGUUUUUUCUUUUCAAUUUAUUUGUCUGGUUUGUGAUUCGAAUUGAAAAUAUUAUUACUGCUUCGAUUUUUGUGUGAUAAGAGAGUGAUACGAUAACAAAUCAAAAUUCUUUAAUGAUUUGUAGAUUUUUAGAAAAAAGGUGCGUAAUAUUAGAAUAUUUAAGCUGUAAUUUAAUUUUAGAAUUAAAUGUGCCAUAUCAGCUCAUAUUGAGCUUCUGUGCCAGCUUGAGGUUUUUUACAAUAAAUUUUUUUUGCUGAUGCGUUA